CGUCCUGGUUGGCCUUUCCAGCGGCCUGUGUGUGGGGGUGAACGCUGGAGCUGCCGGCCUUUUCGCCACAUGGUGCAUGCAGCGGCCGCCAGACUCCACUCGGAUCCGCGGCGCUGACGCACCGGAGCAGCGUGCAACAUGUCGUCGGGUCUCCGUGCAGCCGACUUCCCUCGCUGGAAACGCCACAUCGCGGAGGAGCUGAGGCGCCGCGACCGGCUGCAGAGGCAGGCGUUCGAGGAGAUCAUCCUGCAGUAUAACAAGUUGCUGGAAAAGUCGGAUCUUCAUUCAGUGUUGGCCCAGAAACUACAAGCUGAAAAGCAUGAUACACCAAACCGGCAUGAGAUAAGUCCUGGUCAUGAUGGCACGUGGAAUGACAGUCAGCUACAAGAAAUGGCCCAGCUGAGGAUUAAACAUCAGGAAGAACUGACUGAAUUACACAAGAAACGUGGGGAGCUAGCUCAGUUGGUGAUCGACCUGAAUAACCAGAUGCAGCAGAAGGACAAGGAGAUGCAAAUGAAUGAAGCCAAGAUCACAGAAUGUUUGCAGACUAUCUCUGACCUGGAGACAGAGUGCCUGGACCUGCGCAGCAAGCUCCAGGACCUUGAGAUAGCCAACCAGACCUUGAAGGACGAGUAUGAUGCCCUGCAGAUCACCUUCACUGCCUUGGAGGAGAAACUGAGGAAAACUGCGGAGGAAAACCAGGAGCUGGUCACCAGGUGGAUGGCUGAGAAGGCCCAAGAGGCCAACCGCCUCAAUGCUGAGAACGAAAAAGAUUCCAGGCGGCGGCAAGCACGACUUCAGAAAGAGCUUGCGGAAGCAGCAAAGGAGCCUCUGCCAGUUGAACCGGAUGAUGACAUUGAAGUCAUUAUUGAUGAGACCUCGGAUCACACAGAGGAGACCUCGCCUGUGCGAACCGUCAGCAGAGCAGCCUCUAAGCGACUCUCGCAGCCUGCUGGAGGCCUUCUGGAUUCUAUCACUAAUAUCUUUGGUCUGUCCGACUCCCCCCUCUUGGGACACCAUUCUUCUGAUGCUGCCAGGAGACGCUCUGUCUCUUCCUUCCCAGUCCCCCAGGAUGUAAAUGUGGAUGCUCGUCCUGGGCCCGGGAAAGAUGUGAGGGUCCCGACCACGGCCCUGUGUGUCUUGGAUGCACAUGAUGGCGAAGUGAACGCGGUGCAGUUCAGCCCGGGUUCCCGUGUGCUGGCUACGGGGGGCAUGGACCGGAGGGUGAAGCUGUGGGAAGUGUUUGGAGACAAAUGUGAGUUUAAGGGUGCCCUAUCUGGCAGUAAUGCUGGAAUUACAAGCAUUGAAUUUGAUAGUGCUGGAGCGUACCUCUUAGCAGCUUCAAAUGACUUUGCAAGCCGAAUCUGGACUGUGGAUGAUUAUCGGUUACGGCACACACUCACGGGCCACAGCGGGAAAGUGCUAUCUGCUAAGUUCCUGCUGGACAACGCACGGAUUGUCUCGGGAAGUCACGACCGGACCCUCAAGCUCUGGGAUCUGCGCAGCAAAGUCUGCAUAAAGACGGUGUUUGCAGGAUCCAGUUGUAAUGACAUUGUGUGCACAGAGCAGUGUGUGAUGAGUGGGCACUUUGACAAGAAAAUUCGUUUCUGGGACAUCCGGUCAGAGAGUGUGGUCCGGGAGGUGGAGCUGCAAGGCAAGAUCACCGCCCUGGACUUGAACCCUGAGAGGACCGAGCUGCUGAGCUGCUCCCGCGAUGACCUACUGAAGGUCAUUGACCUGCGCACAAAUGCUGUGAAGCAGACCUUCAGUGCCCCCGGGUUCAAGUGCGGCUCAGACUGGACCAGAGUGGUCUUCAGCCCCGACGGCAGUUACGUGGCAGCAGGCUCGGCUGAGGGCUCACUCUACGUCUGGAGCGUGCUCACGGGGAAAGUGGAGAAGACACUCUCCAAGCACCACAGCUCCUCCAUCAAUGCGGUGGCAUGGGCCCCCUCCGGCUUGCAUGUGGUCAGCGUGGACAAAGGCAGCAAAGCUGUGCUUUGGGCACAGCCAUGAGUCAGGAGAAGCAGGGGACCCCAGCAGUCCUGCCUCAGCGGUGAUGUGUCCUCCCGGAGACGAGCUCACAUGUACGGUGUGGCCUUCCUGAGGCACUUGUAAGGAUAUGGGUGGACAGCCCGCAGGAGCCCACACCGAAGCGGUCUGAGUGGGAAACACUACGACUCUGGUCUUCCAUACCUCACAGGGGAGCAGGGGCUCCCUCAUGGGCGGUGGUGCCAGGCACAGCUGUGCAUCAGUCCAUGCCCCACCUUUCCAAAGUCAGUUCUGGCUGGACUCGGGGCGACACUCACAGGCCCCCGGGCUGGCUGCCGGCCUCUGAUCAUGUCUCAUUACUGCUGAACUGUUCACAGGUCACCAAGCCACCCUUCAGGGCCUGGGGCUCCCUUUCCUUGCACCACCACAAGUCCAUGUCCCAGUCAGGAAAUAAGCCCAUUGGCUUAGGCUGGGAGAUAGAGGACACGAACCAGCCUUUUCCAGUGAGGUGGUUCCUGCGACCCUGCAGAUGCCUGGCCAGUAGGUGCACCCACCUCACACUGGUGACAGGGAGCCUGGGGCCGCGAAUGUACUGCCCUGGGGCUGUUACCUGCCUGCCACGUCCCGUGUCUGCGCAGGAAGCCCUGUGCAGAACCAGCCUGGGAUCCCUUCCCCUCCUGAGGAUGUGGAAGGCCAGGAGCAAGUCCCUUCCCUGACCCUGAGUAUAGGAUCUCCGCUCUGGACUGGGGGGAUCUGAUACACCGUGUUCUACCACGUUGUCAUUUGCACUUUAUUUUUUCUUCCGUGCCUGCUCUCUGGACAGUUAGUGCGAAUGCAAGAUCUCGGGAAGGGGAGUGUACUCCCCACUUCCUGGCCCUAGGCCGUGCUCCUUGUGUCCAGAGAACUUGGGUUGGGAGAAGCUGAAGUUCACAGGCUGGGGCACAUCUUUUAUUUAUUUAUGUUGCCAAACAACUUGAUUAUAAAGUUUUUAAAAUUCUGUUGUAUACUUUUCAAAUUCCUUGCGUCUGGU